GUCUGGAAUAUACUCGAAAGAACCUGCUGGAUAGUUGAAUCUCCUGAGCCAAUGACAAUCGAUGCUGACACGGUAAUGACAGAUUUGAACAUGUAUGUUAUUUGGAAAGAAGGUUGCACAGACAUUGGAUACUAUUUCGAUACCCUUACAAACACUUGCUUGAAAUUGUUUUCUACCAGUGGAAAAACAUGGCAUGACGCAAGAACGCAUUGCCAACAAAAUGGCGGAGAUCUGAUAACAAUCACAACAGCACAAAAGUGGAAUUUUGUUAACUCUUUCUUAAGUUGCAAAUCAAACAUAUGGAUUGGAUUAAAGGCAGAACAAUGGGUAAAUGGGGACCCAUUCAUAAAUGUAUUUGGUUUACUAACCCAGUUUAACAAUUAUGACAGCAUGUACACUAGUGAUAAUGAACAAAAUUGUACGGUGGUGUAUUUACGACGUGUUUAUGUGUUUCAGGAUGAAAGUUGCAAUAUUCGAGUUCGGAGAAAUUAUCUCUGUGAAAUAACGAUGUCAUAAAUAUGUCACGAGUACAUGUACCAGAUCACCGUAUAUUCUAGCGUCAUAUAUAUAUAUAUAUUAUUUUUUUUUUUAGAUAAUAUGAAAACUUUUUAAACAUUUAUAACAAUAGUGAAUGAAUGAACUUUAUACCACCUAUCGAGUAUGUUUCAUGAAUGUGAUAUAAAUUGGGGUAUAAGUUGCGUUAAGCUGUAGGAUGGUACCGUUUCGAUGUGAUAUGAAAAAUCACCGAAAUGUUUUGUACUAAUCGACAUACUAAAUCUGAAAUGAAUGUAAACUUGGCAAUGAUCGGCAAUCAUAACUCAUUUCCUAAUUUUAGACUAAUACAGCCAAAAAUUAUCGACCAACAGGAACAUUUUACGAUUUUUCUACUACUAUGGCCAACAGUCUGUGUCCUUAUUCCCAGAUGCGGAUUUAGGGGGGAGUAGGGGGCCGGCCCCCCUAUUUGGGAAAAAAAAUUGUUGCUUACAUAGGGAAUCACUGAAGCGUGACUGGAGGGAGCCCCUCUUAGGUCAGUCAGUGGGCCCCCUCUUAUGAAAACUUCUGGAUCCGCCACUGAUUCCUUAUUGUCGUCAUGUCCAUAGAAAUAUUGGAAGUCUAUAAAUGGUGUAUAUAUAGCAGA